ACCGCACCUACAGCGGAAGUGCAAGCCUUGAGUCAGAGCGCUGCCUUAUGUAACUAGUCUCUAAUAAUCUCACGCGUGGGUACGUGUGGUGAAGAGAACGUGUCUGCCCAGAAGGGAAGGCGGGCCCAGUCGUGUUAAAAUGUGGCCCUGCCCCAGUUCUAGCUGCUUCCACUUACCUGUGUGUCUAAGGGCGAGGCGGUGGUUACUCCGCAUUCUUGCUUAUGCUGGUUUGAUCAGGCUGCUGUGAGAACUCUUUUUAGUGGGAGAAGGGGAGUUGGAAAGCUGACGUUUGGAGCCCAGAGCUCUGUGUCUGAAGGGCAGUUUGGGGAGAAAUGGUGGUAACUUUUACCAGAGACUGUCCCAGAUGCCUUAAGGGUUGAAUCCCAAAGCAUAAACUGCACCAGGUAAAAGUUAGAAUCGAAGCCAGAGACAAUAUAAAUAUGGCUAGAAGACCAGAAGCACGGUUUCGGAAAACUUAAGUCUGCCAGAGAAAUGGGGUGCAGCACUGGUGACCCUGUCUUGAUAGUGUUAAUGAUUUACCCCCUACCACAUUGUUCCUAGGCUUUUCCUUAAGUGUUGGAACCUGGACUGUGACCCAGGGAAGGGAACCGUGGCUAGCUAAGGAGGCCGAGCUUCACUUAACUUUCAGAUCUCAUGUCAACACCAAGCCCGCAGCUGCUGGUGGCAGCUGCUCAGCAGACCCUGGGCACCGGAAAGAGAAAGGGCCCACCUCGAGCUGUCUGUCUUCACCUAGCAGGAGAAGUGCUGGCCGUGGCUCGCGGGCUGAAGCCUGCUGUUCUCUAUGAUUGCAACUCUGCUGGAGUGUUGGCACUCCAGAGCUAUCUGGAGGAGCUGCAGGGGCUGGGCUUCCUGACAUUGGGACUUCACAUUCUUGAGAUUGAAGAGAAUAAUCUCAUUGUCAGUCCUGAGCAUGCCUGCCAGCAUCUGGAGCAGGUACUGCUUGGUACCACAGCUGUAGUGGAUGUUUCCUGCUCCCAGCCUCAUCCUUCUGUCUGUUCAUUGGACCAGCUCCAGGACUUGAAAUCUCUCAUAGCUGAGAUUAUCACACAUUUUCAAGGACUGCAGAAGGAUGUGUCUCUGGGAGUCUCCUCCAGCAAGCUGCCUUCCUCAUCUUGGAAUCUCUGCACUGUGUUUGGAAUACUCCUGGGCUAUCCUGUCUCUUACACAUUUCAUCUGGACCACGGAGAUGGCAACUGCUUAGCCAUGACCCCCUUGCGGGUGUUCACCGUCCAGAUUUCAUGGCUGCCUGCUCAGCCUCCAGUUCUGCUCUACUCCUUCAGUGUUCCAGAGAGUUUGUUCCCAGCCCUGAGGAACUUUCUGAGCACCUGGGAGAAGGAACUCAGAACCCGAUUUAGGACUCAGAAUGACUUUGAUGACCUCAGCAUUUCCUCUGAGAUAGUCACACUGCCUGCCGUGGCCCUCUGACUUAACUCUGCCCAUUGAGAAGGAAGUGGGCUCGAGACUGCCCCAAAACAGGACACACCAGAGCCUGGGCCUGCCUUCAAAUGCCUUCUGUGGGCACACACACCGGAAGCCACCUGUCAAGGACACUUACUCUGCAGCUGCUGUACUCUGCUCACCAGGACCCGGUUCUCCUCCUCUGACCGCUUUAGCCGAUCUGAAAGUGAAAGAAUGCAGACUGAAACAGAAGAGCACCAGAGGUGGAACCAAGAAGCACGUCCUGUCCUCUCCAGGGCCUUUCGGAUCGGAGGAGGAAGGGCACCAUCGCACAUGAGCACACAGUGUCGUGUACACACGUAUCGCACACGAACAUCACAGUGUCGUGUACACACGCCCCCGGUCCCUUCAGCCCGCACUGGCACUGCUGGGAAGCCUUCGUUCUGCCAGUGUUUGUGCUAACCUUUCCCUUUCAAAUUAGUAAUAUGGUCUUGGCCUGAGACUCGCGUAGGAGCAGCUGUGGUCUGGCUCACAGGGGCAGGCCGGAGAAAAGAGCAUACAAAGUCCUAGAGAAACCCAACUCAUGUUCAUUUAGGGUGGUGAAGGUAGAGCCGCCUUUCCCUCAAGGAAAGAUGGAAUCAUAAGGGCAAGCAGAAAUAAAGACCAAAGCCUCUCCUUCCCCCCAACUCCUCUCUCUGAGAUCAUUCAGUUGUGGUUCUCACGAUCCUGGGACCCCCCAAGAAGAGAAGUACCUAGCAGGUCCUGGGCGUCAGAGCUCAUUCAGGUGUGGUUCUCACCCCUGAAGUUGUGGGACCCCCCAAGAAGAGAAGUACCUAGCAGGUCCUGGGUGUCGGAGCUCUGCUGCUCUCUGUCCCCUUGCAGACGCUCGAUUGUGGCCUGCAGCUCCUGGUGCUCAUUUUCUAAAAGUCGCAGGGCCUGGUUCAUCUGUGAGCCUCUGCUGUCUGCUCCCUGAGAGGAGGAGGCCGCACAGAGCACAGGUCAGUGUGGUCGGAGACCGAGCAGGUGCCAUGGAAUAGAAGACGGCAGAAUGUUAAGAGCCUGGGAUGCAGGGACCUGGAAAGGUCCCUCCACUUCCCCUUGUUCUCUGUCCUGUUGUUUCCAGCAGCGCAUCUGACUUGAUAGCUACAGGGGAUAGUGUCCCGCGCCUCGGCAGAUCUCCAACCAAGGCACAUCAAGUCGGAACUUUUCUAGAUGUUCCACUGUGCCUUCACUUUCAGCUUCACAGUUGUGAAGGAGAGAGCCCUGUGCUGUGCACAGUGAGAGCUGUGUCUCUAAGAGUCUCGCCCCCCUCUCAUCAGCUGUGUGUGUGUGUGUGUGUGUGUGUGUGUGUGUGUGUGUGUGUGCGUUUCUGAUCUCUGUUGGGGGAAAAUUGUAAAGAUCCACUUUGGGGGCAGAUCCUCAAAGUUACAAACUAAGUAAGUGACAUCUAUGUGUUACUGAAGAUUGUGGGGAGCCCCACCGGGGGUGCCAUAUAUUACUGGGAAAUUGGGGUCUCCUCUCUGAGUUCUUAGAUUUGUUAAUAAAAAAAUUAACACUUCAA